GUUCAUCUCUAUUCAAUCACCACAGUGGCACUUUCGAAAAUAAACGUGAACCGUGAGGGCAUAGAGUUUAAUUUUAUAACCCCCAUUUUGGCGGGAAAAGCAAAAUUAAAAAUAUAAUUCCCAAUUUUCCAUUCCUCUUCUUCUUCUUCUCCUUCUUAGCGUACGAGCUAAGAAACCCCGCCAUCGCCGAAGAUGGCUCCCAAGUCCGAAAGCGUUGAAGGCAUCGUUCUGAGCUACGUCAACGAGCAAAACAGGCCAUUGAAUUCCCAAAAUGUUGCUGAUGCGCUGCAAAAAUUCAAACUCAAGAAGACUGCCAUCCAGAAGGCAUUGGAUACACUCUCUGAUAGUGGACAGAUCUCAUUCAAAGAAUAUGGUAAACAGAAAAUUUACCUUGCCCGGCAAGAUCAGUUUAACAUACUCAACUCAGAGGAGCUUGACCAGAUGAAGAAGGCAAACAGCAAAUUGCAGGCAGAACUUGAAGUUCAAAAGAAAGCAAUAGUUGAGGUUGAAGCUGAAAAUCGUGCUCUACAAUCAAAUCUAACAUUGGAAGAAAUAAGGACCAAAGAAUCCAAACUAAAAGCAGAGGUUUCUUUAAUGGAGGAGAAGCUUGAGAAAUUGCGCACUGGAAUUGUUUUGGUGAAACCUGAAGACAAGAAGGCGACUGAGGAAGCAUAUCGAGAGAAGAUUAACCAGUGGAGGAAGCGUAAGAGGAUUUUUAAAGAGCUCUGGGACACCUUGACUGAUAACUCACCCAAGGACUUGAAAGAAUUUAAGGAGGAGCUUGGAAUUGAAUUUGAUGAAGAUGUUGGGGUUAGUUUGCAGUUAUAUGGUGACUUAAUGACCUCUAGGAAGAGGAAGAGGGCAUCCUAAAUAUGUCCUUUGUGGUAUCUGCUUUGUUUAAAGCAUAGCUUAG